AUGGCAGCUGGAGGAUGUGUGUUGAUAGCCAGGCAAUCAACAAAAUCACUAUCAAGUAUCGCUUUCCAAUCCCUAGUUUUUAGCAAGGAGGAAGUCGAACAUGAUAAACAUUUAGAGAAGGUUUUUGAAACCUUAAGAAGGGAGAAGUUGUAUGCACAACUCAAGAAGUGCAUCCUUUAUACUGAUAGCGUUUGCUUCCUUGGUUACAUAGGUAUUCAAGCUCAUCCAAGCAAGAUAGAAACAAUAUUAAGUUGGCCAACUCCUAGGUCAAUUUCAGACAUAAGGAGCUUUCAUGGAAUGUUGUCCUUCUAUAGAUGGUUUAUUAAAGAUUUCAGCACAUUGGUUGCUCCUAUAACUGAGUGUUUGAAGGGAGGCAUAUUCAAGUGGAAUGAAGCCGCCCAAAAGAGUUUUGAACUGAUCAAGAAUAAGAUGACACAAGCUCCUAUCCUUCAGUUACCAAACUUUAAUGAUCUAUUUGAAGUAGAAUGUGAUGCUUCAGGUGUUGGCAUUGGAGGAGUCCUUAGUCAAGAAGGUAAACCCAUUGCAUACUUUAGUGAGAAGUUGGGUGGACCUAAGCUUAGGUAUUCCACCUAUGAGAAAGAGUUUUAUGCUAUUAUUUGA